AUGUCCUCAACUCCAGCCUCUGUUCAACUUACAGGACAACCCGGGGAGAGCAUGAAGGAAGGAACUAACAGUGAGCAUAUUAAUCUUAAGGUGGUUGGAGACCGUAAUGAGAUGUACUUUAAAAUUAAGCGAACAACACAAUUUAAAAAGCUAAUGGACGCUUUUUGUGAAAGACAAAACAGGGAUGUUAGGUCAUUUCGUUUUCUUUAUGAUGGUGAUCGCAUACAGGCUCAUGAUACUCCGCUUGAGGCAUGUUUAAUUCUACUUCGAUGCUGGAAAUGGAAGAUGGUGAUAUCAUUGAAGUUAUGGUUCAACAAUUUG